AUGGCAAAAGUACAUGCGGGACAUUCGUCGGGCGAAUACACAGCCUGUGUGGCCUCGAACGCGAUCGAUUUCAAGAGCGGGAUCUAUCUGACACGAUUACAUAUAUGGAUUAUUGAGCGAACGAUCGAUGCGCUUAGCCGGACUAGCACCCUCAACAACUACACCUAA